UUCGUGUGUAUUCGGGUGAGCUUGACGCAGGCGCAGAGCUGAUUUAACCUGCAGCAGCUGAGCAGCAGAGACUGAACCUCCUGCAACAAAAGAGACACAAACGAAUAAAGAAGAGAAACACGAGAACGGUUUCAUCUCUUAUCACCGGAAACACACAGAUUGAAUCAUGAUGGAGAAAUCAAACAGCCAAUAUGACUCCUUCCUGUACUGGAGGCAGCCAAUCCCGUCACUCGACCUGUCAGAGCUGGAGGACCUGGGAUUGACUGACAGACAGCCGACCAAUAGCAGCAAAGGAAAAGACAAGUCGUCCUCGCUGAGGGGUCAAGACGAGGAGGUUGGUCUGUCUGAGUUUUCGUCCUUCAACUAUUGGAGAGCUCCGCUCGCCGAUGUAGACGCUCUGCUGGCCGACCUCAACUUGCUGCUGUGAGACCAAGAAUCACCUGGAAUCAUCUGACCUUUGACCCAUAAUCAACCUGACCUUUGACCCCUAAUCAGCCUGACCCCGAUCAGUCCAAUCAGUUUGCAGAGAGCUUUGUUUUCACGAGUCUUCAUGGAGACGGAUCCUGGUUCAGGUUUAGAUUGUAGUCCCUCUGAGUCCAGCUCAGUCUGUCUGUAUCCAUGACGAUGAUCAUCACCUCAUCAAUCAUUCUGAUCAUUUCACGAGAACCCACCAAAUCACUGACACACACUAAUUUAUACCUGACUUUAAAGACAAAAGAAUGCUGAAAUGUACCGAGGUUAGUGAACGCAACGCCUGCAGUGAGUCACAUUAUUUUGUUACUCCUAACCCUCGACCUCACCUGUCAGUUUAAUCCAGAUCAAUCCUGAACCUGGAUCCAGAAUGUGUUCACCACUGAGUCCUGAUCCAGAUCACACACCUGAGUCCUGAUCCAGAUCAAGCCCCCGAUGUUCCAGUUUGAUGAAACACUGAUUGCUCCUCGUUAUGUGAAGGAACACUAAUUUGUUUGUCUCAUUAACGCUCAUUAUUUAUUUAUUUAUUUAUAAGAGAAGAAAUAUUUUAUUUUUCCAUCUGUGCCUUUUUGUUCGUCUCACCUGAUUAUUCAUGUUUCCAUUUAUUUCUCAUGUCGCUGAGCUAGUCUCAAACUGGAGCCACACGAGGACGAAAGACGUCCACCUCGUCCUGUCAGAAUGUAAAGU